UUUGUCCAGUAUGUAGAACUAUAUUCCAAAGAGGAAGGAUAUGUUCGGGUGCUAUUCGUCACUUCCUUAUGUGGAGCGGAGUGUUUGUGUGGGCCGGGCCUUACUGAUCACUGUACAAAAUUACAACUUUAUAACUUUACUCAUUGUUAUUCGUAAAAUCGGAUCAUAUUUAAUGCAUGGAGUGUCUGCUGGUCUUCCAUCUGAUGUUAGGGUUAGAGUUAGGCUGCUCCGCCUCAACUCUUGGUGAUUUACGGAGUUUCCUGAUGACAGAUAGCUUGACUUGUUGCUAAAGUAGCCGCUGAAUGCUGCUAUCUGUAACUGUUAGCUAGUUAGCUCAACUAGCCGUGCAGCUAGCGGUGCACAGCGACAGCGGUUAGCUGAUUCUGUCCGGGAGCUUGGAGCCCCGGGCCAGUGUCGGUGUUUACACCAUCAGCACAGGCGAUUUGGAUCGCUGGGGGGCGGAGGGGGUUUAGGCCCCGAUCAGAUAGGGGAUCCAGCAAAGAAUGCUGGCGGGGAGCGGCGCCGGAAUGGGAACCAGAACCGGAACCGGGCGAGCGGGCAACGGGACCGGACUCAACAGCCUCUCAGUGAACACGGCCGCACCGGUAACUGUCACAGCCUCCGAGACCCACGGAGGCCAGUUUGACGACAGGGAAUACGGUCCCGAGGUGGUUUACAGCGGCUCCGAGCAGGACUCUGACUCCGGGGAUGACGAAGACACGGCAGGUUCAGGCGGGGAGAGGAGGGGAGUGAAGCGGGAGAGGAGCGAGAGGGAAGUCGGACAUCAGUCAGCGCCCACCUCUGGAGGUCUGAGCGGGGGUUACGGUGGGGUCAGCCCGGUGGUGCCAGGCGCCAAACCGGGCAAGAAAACCAGAGGAAGAGUCAAGAUCAAGAUGGAAUUCAUAGACAACAAGCUGAGGCGCUACACAACCUUCAGCAAGAGAAAGACCGGGAUCAUGAAGAAGGCGUACGAGUUGUCCACGCUGACCGGGACUCAGGUGUUGCUGCUGGUCGCCAGUGAGACGGGCCACGUGUACACCUUUGCCACCAGGAAGUUGCAGCCCAUGAUCACCUCGGAGACGGGCAAAGCUCUGAUCCAGACCUGCCUCAACUCCCCGGACUCCCCGCCCCGCUCCGACCCCUCCUCCGACCAGAGGAUGAGUGCCACAGGCUUCGAGGAGACCGACCUCACCUACCAGGUGUCUGAGGCUGACGGCUGCUCUGAGGUUGCCAAGGAGCUGAUCAAACCAGUGUUCACUAUGUCCAACCUGCCCAGCACCACACAGUCUACACCAUCCUCCUCCUCCUCCGCCUGCUCUUCAGCCUCCUCUUCGUCCUCAGUGUCCAUGCAGGUGCAGACCAGCGCCGCCUCUUGGCAGCCCUCCCCCUCCACCAAUGGAACGGUGCUAAAGACAUCAGCUGGUGUUGUGCUACCUGGAGGCUUCACCUUAAUGUCAGGUGCCUCACUGGCCCCUGGCACACACACCAUCCCCCUCAGCCAGCUGCAGGGCCAACCUCUGGCCAUCCAGGGCCCCGUGGCCCCUGGCCCCACUGCCACACUGCACGCUCCGCCCACACAGCCGACCACGCUGCUUCGCCUCCCCGCCACCGUGUCACUGUCAGCAGGAGGCGGAGUCUCCCAGCACCUACAGACCUUUCAGGUGCAGACCAGCAGUCAGCAAACCUCCACCAAUCAGAGCAUCUCUGACAUCCACAAUCCCACAUCCUCCACAGCUGCUCUUCCUGCCUCCGUCGCCGCCGCCUCCUCCUCCUCUUCUUCUCCCUCGUCCUCCUCCUCCUCAGUGGCAGGUCACAUGAUGUACCCCGGCGGCCACACCGUCAUGUAUGCUGCACCGACGCCCUCACUGGCCGACGGCAGCCUCACCGUCCUCAACACUUUCCCUCCGACAGGCCACGCCCAGUCACAUGACCCUGGCUCUCUGCCGCAGGUCUUCCUCACCUCACUUCCUCCCGUUGCCACUCAGAUCCCAGUGUCUGCUGUCCAGCUCCACCCGAUGGUGAUCAGCCAGCAGAGCAGCAGCAGCAACCUGACGGAGCUGCAGGUCGUCAGUCUGGACGUCCACCAAUCCAAAGAGGACUGAUUGUCACAUAACUGACAAGACACUCACGCACACGCACACAAGAGAUGAUGCCGUGAACUUCCUGUUUACUUCACUUUGUGCUUCGUCAUCAUGUAAACAACAGCAGCAGACUGAAACUUCCAGAAUAAAGUUGGAAUAUUUUGACAAAA